AUGGCCUCCCUCACUCGCUCCACCCGGCGAGCUGAAGGCCUGCAUCACCAUCACCACAACGCGCCGCGCUCUGGGCCAGCCGCCGCCGCCCUGUACCACGACGAGGGGCGCCAGAAGCGCGGCCUCGAAGCCCCCGAGCGCGACCUCGAGGCCCUGCGGUCCAAGAAGGCGAGGAUCGCUGUCGAGAUCCUGGCCCGGACGGCGCCCACCGACGGGCCCGGCGGCAUCAGACGUCCCGCGCCGCGCCAGCAUCCCUUCGUGGCGACGAGCGUCGGCGGCAGCAGUAGUAGCAGCAGGCCAGAGCUACUGCCCGCGUCCAGCGCCGCGCCAACAGCGCAGGCCGGCGCCGAGUCCGACCCGAACCUGACCAAACACCAAGCAAAAGCCAUCAAUGGCAUCAAUCACGGGCUGGGCCAGCUGCUGCCAGAGCCGGCGGGCACAAAGAAGCAGGGCCGGACGCUCCGCUCGCAGGAAGCCACCAGGUUCAAGAGCGAGCUAUCGGCAUACUUUCCCGACUACGACGAGGUCAUUGGCAAUGAUCCCAAAGAACAGUACUUGUUCACCCUCGAUACGCCCAUUGUUAUUGUCGAUUCGGAUCGCCGACGCGUCGUGCCACCAGAACUGCCGCGUGUAGCACCAGAUCCCCACCAACCCGCCGACUUUCCCGUCAAAGGCUAUGGCGACUCACUCUAUACCGACGUUUUCGACUCGCAGCGAAUCGACUUUGGGUUCCUAGAGACCCAGCAGAACAGCAAGAACUUGGAGGACCCACUGCCGGACCGCCUGUUUGAGCCUGUGCACAAAAAGGCCGAACGGCUGGAACGGUCGAUUCGCAAUUCAGAAAAGGGGCGCGCGCAGCACGAAAAGGACCAGAUCAUCCGACUGCUCGAGGGUCUGCAGGGCCACGACUGGCUGAGGGUAAUGGGGGUCAGCGGCGUCACCGAGACCAAGAAGAAAUCCUUUGAGCCGGCUCGCGCCCAUUUCAUCAAGGGCUGCCAGAGCAUUUUGGACAAGUUUCGCAACUGGAGCCUGGAGGAGAAGCGGCGGAAGCAGGAAAAGGAGCGGGCCAUGGCGGAGCAAGCCGCAGAGGACGAGAAGCGGGACGAUGGUCCGGGGCCGAAGCAGGAUGCAAGACAAGAGGCGAGACGCAGUGCGCGUCGCGACAUGGAGGAAAUCUCGACGACGUCACAGGACGACGCCAGCGAAGCCUCGUCGCCGGCCCAGCAGCUUCGCCAGGAAGCCAUGGCGCGGUCGCAGAUGGCGGCCGGCACAGGCUCCAAGAGGCCGCGAGCACCUGCCCGGCCGACUCCGCCCAAGGCGUUCAAGUCUUUUUUCAGCAAGAAGCACGAGCGCGACGGGGCCCUCAACCGGAACCGCCGCACGGGGAGAAAGGUACUCGCCUGGGGCCAUGCGGUGCCUGAGAUGGCCGAGACGGACUUUGUCCUGCCCGAGGAAUACCGGGACGACGACACGCUCAAGGCUCGGGCGAGGAAGAAGCGGCGGGACAAGCGAGGCAAGCGGCCAUAG